AUGGUGGAUGAUCAAGAUAUUCAGUCACAGUCAAUCAAGAAAUAUGAUCACAAAACCCAGGUAUGCGGGCCUGUUCUUGGAGAUGUGAAUAUGUGGAUUAAGCUGAAAAUUUCGAAAUAUGAGGAGGAAGGAACUAAAGAAGAUCAGAAUUAUGGCUUUCAAGAAAAGGAUCAGAUGUAUGAUAAUAAAAGGGUUUGUCGGUUUUGUAACAAAGUGUUUAGUUCAGGUAAAGCUUUAGGAGGUCACGCGAGAAUUCACUUUCAAGCCAACAAAGAUCUGGUUUUCAACAAGAAGCUCAAAGCCCAUCAAUCCAUCAAGUUCAAGAAACAGCAGUAUAUGCCUGAAGACGAGGAUAGAGUUAUUGAUUUUGUGAAGAAGUUCGAGGGAUACAAUAAGAAACAAACUUGUAAAAUUUGUGGUAAAGGUUUUCCAUCAGAGAAAUCACUGUUUGGGCACAUGAGGUGCCAUCCAGAGAGGGAUUGGAGGGGGAUUCAGCCCCCUACAAUGGCAAGAAACAGCUCGUGGUCGUCUUCUUCAUCCGAUGCUGAAACUCAAACAAUGGAUGACCGGACUGUUGAUUUGACUAAGUCAUUGAAGGGUUGGUCAGUGACUGCCAAGAGAGGCCGCAAGGCGAUGGUGACAUCAAUCUCAGAGAUUUCGAGCUUGGAGGAUGAUCAAUUUCGGGAUGCUGUUAAUGAUCUUAUGAUGCUGGCUGAUGAUGAUUCAUACGAAAGUGGCCUAACAAAAAGGCAAAAGGUUGAUGAAAAUGAUGCUGCAAACAGUACUUCACUAAAUUCGAAGGCUGGGAUUGGUGACAUUAUUGUUUCUAAAUCGAAGAAGCAAAUAGUCGAAGAAUUGAGCUCCUCCAACUUCGAAAAAAGUAUGACAGGUGUAGGUAAAGCAAGAACUGGGCUUAUCCUUGAAACACCCGUAGUAGAAUUCGAGCAUAAGGAUUGCUUAGAUGACAACAAGAAGUAUUUAGAGACUAGUUAUGGGAAAGUAACAAUCAAGACCAAGAAGAGAAGGAAGAAGGUGAAAUUGAGUGAUUUGGACCUGGUACAAGAUGCUAGUCCAAAGUUGGCACUACAGCCUGAUAAGUACCAUUGCAGCACUUGUGACAAGUCCUUCACAACCUACCAAGCACUGGGUGGCCAUAGGUCCAUCCACAAGAAAAUCAAGGUCUGGAUCGACGAAGAUAUUUUCAAUCCCACUGUCCAAUUGGCAGAUGAAGCUAAAGAAAGUGAAGCUAGCAAUAUAUGUAGGAGAGUGCUUGAUUUCGAUCUCAAUGAAGUUCCUCCAUCUGAAGAUGAAGCCGGUAUAGAGUCUUUAACUUGUAGUUAA